AUGGUACUUCUCGUUACCUCAGAUAAUGAGCAGUUUGUCGUCGACAAGGAGGUCGCUGAGCGCAGCGUCCUCAUCAAGAACAUGCUCGAGGAUGUUGGAGAGAGCGAUCAGCCGAUUCCCUUGCCUAACGUCUCGUCGAGUGUCUUGAAGAAGGUUCUCGAAUACUGCGAGCACCAUCGGGGCGAGCCGCUGCCCGCAGCGGACGCGGAGCAGAACCAGGACGAGACCCGCAAGCGGACGACGGACAUCAGCGAGUGGGACCAGAAGUUCAUCACCGUCGAUCAGGAGAUGCUCUUUGAGAUCAUCCUCGCUGCGAACUACCUAGAUAUAAAGCCGCUCCUCGACGUUGGCUGCAAGACGGUCGCGAACAUGAUCAAGGGCAAGACGCCUGAGGAGAUCCGCAAGCUGUUCAACAUCGUCAACGAUUUCACGCCCGAGGAGGAGGCCCAGAUCAAGAAGGAAAACGAAUGGGCGGAGGAUCGCUAG